AUGACAAUCACCCAGGAUUGCAAGUUCACCUUUGACCAUAGGAUCCCAGGAAGCGAGCGACAAGCUCGCACACAUGCGAGCGGGCAGAGGCUUAAGGAGUCAGGCUACAUCAACAGGUCCCUGUCUCUCUUGAACAAUGUGAUAACACAACUGUCUCAAGGAAGUGAUUUUGUGCCAUAUCGGAAUUCCGUUCUGACCUGGCUGCUUAAGGAAAGCCUUGGAGGAAACAGCAAGACAGUGAUGAUAGCCAACAUCUCACCUGCCUUCGAGGAUUUGAGAGAGACACUAAGCACUUUGCGCUAUGCGAAUCGUGCUAAGCGUAUUCAGAACAAGCCAACUAUUAAUGAAGAUCCAAAAGACUUGACUAUCCGCUGCCUGAUGUCCGAAGUGAAAACUCUCCGGAAAAUGGUGGAGUCCUUGGCAUUGCGGGCCUCUUUUCAUCCUUCUGUUCGGCUCCGUAGCGUGGGAGUUCAGGUGCCAGAGUCACCAAAUGAGACGGAUUUAUGUCUGGCCAUCAAGCUUCCUCAGAAGCGUGACAGCUUUGCUUUUCGAGAGCCGUCCUCGGCAUCACUUGCACUCCCGUUCACGCCGCUUUUCCCAAAUCCUUUUCCAAAGCCACACGUGUUAGCGAUUCCGGACAGCCAGUCUGAACCUGCUCCAAAGAGAAGAUCUAGUGCGAUUGAGAGGGUGCUGUCACUUGGCAUGACCUCUCAGGUGGUGCAAAAGAGUGCCACAGACACGCUGAUCAAGAAGCUGACAGAUGUCCUUAAGAAGCCACGCAUGACUUCCAACUCCACCAAGUCGGCCAAUCCUGAGUCCACUCAGAUGUCAUAUCCAUUCUUCGUCCCGCUGUUGCUAUCAGAUGAUGAUACCAUCUCGGAGAUUGUCACAGGUGUUAAGCAUGUGCUUCAGCCAGGGGUAACGAAGAUUGGAUCCGGCAGUGGAGCUGAUAUCCAUGUUCCCAGCCUCUUGGAAGAUCAUUUGUUGAUGGAAGGCCACUGCAACGCUAUGCAGUCCUGGAGCAUGGCUGCAAGCUAA